CAAGUGGAGAAAGUGACUCGGAGGCUACAUUUGGUAAGAAUCACAAAGGUGUAUGGAUCUAUGGAUGUGGUUUUGAGAGAAGGGUUUGUGGAAAUAUGCAAGUAUGAGUGGGAGUUUUAUGUUUAAACAAUUAGAUCUUCCUAAACAUAAGCUAAGGAAAGCAUGAUUGAUGAAUUUCCCUCUAGAACCUGAAUCAGAUCUCAUAUCUAAUGUUGGAGGCAUCACACAUAGAUUUCCAUCAGCACCAGAAAGCAAAAAAGCCUCAUUGUCUACACGCUCGAAACUAAAGUAUACCGACUCUGGUCUCCCACCACAACUCCCACCACGAAACGGCCCCAGCAGCAUUAUAACUCACUUCAACAAUGGGCAAGGCCCAGUAACGCAAGGUAAAGGCGGUAGCUUGUCUGGAUCAGAGCAAGGGCACGAAAAUAAUAAAGCAGUACGUUUAUUAUUAAAGAGCGUGGGCUUCUCAAAUCAGCAUUCAACUGCGCCCCUCUCAACCGCACCAUCUGCUCGAGAUCUGCAUGGGACUCAAAACGGUGUCAUGAAACCAAUACAAACUCGUAGUACAUUCCCCUUAUUUGGAGACUUCCUUUCGGGAGAUGAUCAACCCUCGACUUCCAAAGGCUUCAAGCUGAAGGGUUCAGGGCGGCGUAAGAGGCGCUUCACAAAAAAAACUCACUCUGUUGCCACCGGAAUGUUUACUCCUUUCGCGACAGCUGCUACAGAUGACGAAGACUCAUCAACAUCCCGGUCGAGCCGUCACCGUCACCAUCAUGGGUUUCUCCAUAGCUUCCACCACCGCCAUCGUAGUCGGUCUGUCGGAGAAGAAGUUCGCCAUCAGAUACCGGUGACCUGGUGCCUGGAAGCACUCAUUUCGCCUGCACUAAAGGAAGCACGUCAGGCGAACCCAGAUCCAAACUUGCUCUUGGUGGAAUUAGAACCAUUACCAACUAGCUUUGUCAAUGCCUUUGCAACGCUAUCCGCGUCCAAAACUCGUUUCCAAUCGCAAACGUACCAACAGCAACAUCAUCCAUAUACUCAAAUACAACAAGGCCCUUUGGCACCACAUGUCAUACCAUUUUCUAUCUACAGUACACCUAUUGGUACGCUCACUAAUUACGAGCCUCAAUCAAUGCCUCAGCAGUCGAGAGCGAAUGGCCUGGACAUCAUAGGGACAAAAUCUUUUCUUUUCAGAUCUUAUGAAAACUCAAAGUUCCAAGGAUACUAUAUAUUUCGAGUUCUGGGCAAAAAUGUCGAAUAUAAAAAGCUAUCCUUGAAAUUGGAGCCUGCAUGUGCACAAUAUUUUCGGGAGGCAUAUGUGACCUACCGUGCAUUAGAGAAAAAAGCAAAAACAUUAAGAGAAGAACAAGAACAGAGCCGGAUUGCCUCUUUCUGGCCGAAUGAUGGAGGUCAAGAUGAUACGUCUGAACAACUAGAAACCGGAAUUUUAAGCACUGCCCUCUCUAAGCCAACAAAAGAGUCUGUUCGACUGAGCGGCAGUGAACGAGACAAGCAAAAUCUAGGAGAAAAGAUCGUCAAAUCUGCAUUAGCUUGGGAUCAGACGCGCAUGACAAGCUCAGGAACCCUAAGUGAAAGUCCCAUAGCUUCCCCUGUUGGGAUAUCUUCUGGACGGGCACUUGGGUAUUUGGAUCAGCGGUACAGCCCCAUAAGCAGCAGUAAUUUGUUUCUCAGAGGCAUUGCAGGAACACCUGAUCGGUCUAGAAGCGAUCCUACAGAACACCAUGAGCCACCAUUUUCAGUCCGACAGAUAAGUAAUAACAACAACAAUAAUUUAUCCAAGACAAUACCGUACUCUGCACAGCUCCUCAGCAGGAAAUGGUCGUGGACAAGCGUUAAGGAGCAGCAGCGACUGGAACAGCUACAGCUACAGACAGCCGAAAUUGCCAAAUGGAAAGAGAUGGAGCGAAAAUAUCGCGAGGAAUUUCGACAAGCAACAUUUGGCCUGGAGCUCUAUCUUGGUGAAAUUGCCCGUGGGCUCGAAUACGAAAAAUUCGAUACCGCAGUUGAUGUGUCCAUUAUGAAUGAUAAUCAUGCCACAGCGAUAUUUUCUAUGCUCAAUGGUGAUAGGACUAACAUUAUGUGCCUCGAGUCCCCUUCCGUUAAGCUGAAGUGCGAAUUUAUAAACUGGAUUGCCAUAAGUGUCAUGGACCACGGAGACGUGGAGAGCGACCAUACUAUUGAUUCAUCCAAGCCACAUGGAGGGAUAGGCUUUGAUGCAUUUAUGGAUUCCAAGAAACACCAGUCCGAAAACAUCUCUGAGGAUAUGGAUUUGUUGAUUGAUAUGAUUGAUCUCCGUCUGGCACAACAAGAAGGCAAACUUCAAGCAAGCUAUGCAAAUAUCCAGAACGUAUCACAGCAGAUUGAUAUGUGUCUCGAUAAGUUGAAUAAAUUGGAUGAUGGUGCUAAAAAAUUGAUGACCGCUAUGCUACGAGCGAUCGAUAAUCAAGAGAUUCAGUUAGCCCUUAGGCCAUCACCUUCCACUGGCAAGACGUUAGCCGAAACUGUAGACGCGAAGCUCAAGGAUGUUAACGAGAGAAUUGUGCUCUGCACGAAGAUCAUGGGCGCUGCACGCUUUAAUCUGAAUCGGCUUCGAGACGAAAUCGGAUUGGAACAGCGUUCAAUUCGUCUGCUCCGUAAAUACAAGAUCAUUAUUGCAGCAUUCAUUUUGAUUUUUUUCCUCUGGCUUCUAUACUAUUCACCGUCUUGACCUGCAGUUCUGUGUCAUAUGUGAUAAAUAAAUUGUGGUACGCAAGGAGAAAAUA